GUGUCUGUUCAUUUUGGCAACUACAGAGGGCGCUAGGUACGUUUUGUGGUGAUACGAUUGGUACAUCUUUUGCUGCACGAGUGGCUCUAUCUCUCUGUCUGGCAAUUUCAAUUUCUUGGAUUCACUUGUCAGUUGACACGUCCCGUUCAGGAAAUACAUGGAACUGAUUCCGAGACAAGCCCAGUGAAUGACCAUCAAGAUGGCAUCAUCUCCACCGUCCACAAGCUCACCAGAACUUGAAGAGGGCACAUCCCAAGAGGUGGUACUCGCCAAGCUGUGGGAGCGCGUCACCAAAGCCGAGGAGUACAAGACCAAUGGCAAUGAACUUUACAACUCCAAGGACAUUCGGGGAGCCAUCGGCAAGUACCACAGGGCCUUGCUGUUCAUCAGGGGCCUGGACGCCAACUUGCAGAGGAACAGUCUGUGGUACCAGCUGGGUUUGGGUGUUGGAGGGGGCGUGGAAAACUGUGACGGGGGAGGAGGUGGUGCCCCAAGCCUGACCAGCUUGCCGGAGGAGAUGCAGAAAAAGGUGGCCACCGUUGAGCAAGGAUGCCUCAACAAUUUGGCAGCCUGUAUACUUCUCCAAGAGGACCCCAACUAUAAGAGGGUGAUUUCCUACUGCGACAGGGUGCUGGCCUCCUCCCCAGGGAACCCCAAAGCUCUGUACAGGAAGGGCUGCUCCCUCUAUCAUCUUAAAUCCUAUGAGGAGGCGUACGACUGCUUGAAGAAAGCACAGCAGAUCUCAAAAUCAGAUCCAAAUAUUCGCAAGUACCUGACCAUGGCCAAGGAGAAAAUGGAGAACAUCAAUAAUGCGCAGCGGACAAUGUAUCAGGGAAUGUUCAACAAAUCGUCAACGCAGUCUGAUGAGUGACUCAGUCAGUAUGUUGUUGAUUGUGACAUGAAGAGUUUGUGAAUUCCUGUUCGGAAUUUCCCCAAUGUAAAUUUUUAUUAUGAAAAAAAAAUACUCAGAAUCUGAAGAAAUUUGAAGUCAUGGUGUUCAGAUGUAACACAAUCUUAUGGAUCACUUAGUGAAGGGGUCAUAAGAGGAGUUUCAUAUAAAAAAAAA